CCAACUUGUCAGUCAACUCAUGCCAGCACUCUCCACGUCUGCCUCUUCUACACACCCUCAUUACAUGUGUCUGUCUGGACUGAUCUGCUCAUCUGUUCAGGGACUCUCCUGACAAGUCAAAAAUUCUGCCUUCUUUCUGCCCUGGAAUUGGAUCAGAUCACCUCGGCAUUUUUUGUGGCCCCACCAGGAGGCUUUUUGCUUAUGGUCUCAUUCUGUUUUCUUCACUACUUGUCUGUUUUUGAUUUCUAGAAUGGAGGAAGCCGAAUUGCUGAAGGAAAGAUUCCAGGCCAUAACAGACAAAAGAAAACUGCAAGAAGAAAUUACACUGAAACGUCUAAAAGUGGAAGAGGAAAAAAUGAAACACCAACAUUUAAAGAAAAAGGCCAUGCGAGAAAAAUGGCUCUUGGACGGCCUCAGUUCUCUCACUCCAAAAGAGCAAGAAGAAAUGCAAAAGCAGAAUCGAGAGGACCAGCAACGGACUCAUGAGCUGGAACAAGACAUUUUCAGGCUGGAGAAGGAAAUUGAAGCUCUGGAAAGAGAGGAAAUGGAAGUCUCAGCUAAGGAAGAAGCAAUUUUAAAGAAACUUAAAUCUGUUGAGAAGACAACUGAAGACAUAAUAAAGGCUGUGAAGACUGAAAAAGCUGGAGUUGAAAAAGAGGCAGCAGACUACAUAUAUGCCAGCAUACCUGACCUUCCCAAGUCCUACAGGCCUUCUGCACUGAGAAGUACAGCACACGGUGCCACCGAUGAGGAAGAAAAGAGAAAAGCAUUGUUUGCCAUGGAAAUUAAAGUUGAAAAAGACAUGAAGACAGGAGAAAACACAGUGUUAUCAACAAUACCUCUUCCCUCAAAGGAGUUUAAAGAGACAGGAAUUAAAGUCUAUGACGAUGGCAGGAAGUCAGUCUAUGCAGUGUCCUCAAAUGGCAGCACAACACAAAAUGGGAUGGAUGAACUGGCCCCUGUCGAGGUGGAGGACCUGCUACGGCAGGCCACUGAAAAGAAUUCCCAGUCUCCCACAGAGUAUCAUGAGCCUGUGUUUGCAAACAAAUUUUGCAGGCCAGCUACUCCUCAGAAAGACAAAUUAGUCUCUGGACCAAAACUAGAAGACACACAGAGAAAAGAGAUGAAUGGAUUUAGCAACCAUCAGACAGAGUACUCCUUCAAAGCAGAACCCACUAUGCUGCAACAUAAAGAGAAUGGGCUUGAUCUUCCAAAGAUAAGACAGCAAAAGUCUCCCUCUCCAGUGCCUUCCCAUUCAGAGAAGAAAAUGCACACUAAUCCCGAGACUCUGAUGACACAUACCAAAGAAAGAAAAGCUGUACAUGAAGAACUACACCCUUACCAGAACAAAAGACAUAAUGACACGAGGUUAAGUCCUCACCAUCUUAAUGAAACAUCCCCUGCACCUCAGGACGAGGAAGAUGUUCAAUACAACGUUGUCCAAGCUGUACCAUGUUAUGUGGAUGAUUCUGAACCAGUAACAAUGAUUUUCAUGGGCUACCAGCGCGUUGAUGACGAUGAUGCAGAAGCAGACCAAAAGUUGUCACGAUACGAUGGGGUAAUCCGUGCAGAAUUAGUUAUCAUCGACGAUGAUGAUGAAGAUGACAGCAAGUCUGAGAAGCCGGCAUAUCAUCCCAUAGGCCACUACAGCCAGGUUUAUCAGCCACCAAGCAGGAAAAUCUCAGAAGUCCCAGAGGCGAACCCUGUGAGCAGUGUGGGCACAGGGCUGAACAAGCUACCCCACAAAAACUCCAUCUCCCUGCGGGAACAAGAGGAAUGCUUAAACUCCCCCACAGCCCACGCUCACCUUCCCAGCCAGGCACCCGGAGAUGGCACCGAAGAUCCCUCACUAACAGCUCUGAGGAUGAGAAUGGCAAAGCUGGGGAAAAAGGUGAUUUAACAUCUCUAAUGACAUGCCAAGUAAAAUUCACCACUCAAAGCAGAAUAAAGCUAAGAAGAGUUUCUUCAACACACCUUUUUUGGAUCAUAAUGCUUGUUUUGCUCCUCUGUUUUAUGCAUUUGGGUUAUUUUGACCUCUGCAUAAUCCAAUGGACUUUAACAGACUUUUAGACUUGACCAACUGCCACAUACAUACAAAUCACAUCCUGGCUUUUGUUUAAUGCAGUGGAAGGUUACCUAAGACCACAAAAGCAGUGUAUAGCCAAGUAUGAAGACAUGUGCACACCUGUUCCCACAAUCAGGAAUAACCUGUUGCUAUAUACACAGAGCAGAUAAACAUCCAUCUACAUGGAACAUCACAGGACACUGUUCCACUUCAAAGUGUGCCAAACUACCCGAUUUUGAUUAAAAAUGCCAUUCCCAGCAUUUUUCUGUAAAAGCACUGGUUAAUAAAAAACUAAGCAGGAGAGAUGGGAGCAGGAAGAAAUGUAAAUAGAAAAGCUGGUUUCCCAGAGUACCACCUUGGCCAAAUUUUAAAGCAUUCCUUUUUAAGUGACAGCAAAACAAGCCCAAAUAGUAGAGUCAGCAUUUAAAUAUUUAGCCACCUUCCACAGCCAUCCUACAGCCUGCUCCUUUCUCCAUGCCACAUACAUGCUGUCUACCCACAACCUCACAGAUCAACCCUGUGCAUAACACUAUGAACAGCCUGAACCCCAAGCAUGGUUUCACCUCCCAGCUUGCUCAGAAACUCCUGCUUUUCCAAUGAACUGUUGCCAGACAGGCAGUGCCUGUCCAUCAAAGAAAGAAAGGGGGAAAAAAAAGCUUAGUAUACAGGUUUCAGCUGGCUAGGGAGCUAAAAUUAGUGCAAACGUCCCAUCAGAAACACUGAGUUGCCAAUGGCUUGUCCUGUAGCUGCAACAAAAGGUCUGCUGUGGGUGCAGCCAGUGCUGGGCACAGCUCUCCAGCAAGGCUCAAGAACAGGUUAAUUCUUUCCAUGUGAGGAAGGAGCCAAGAGCCCUUAAAGCAGCCAUAAGGCACAAUAAUACCUAGAAAAGUCACAUACAAGUCACAUUUUUCCAGUAUGCACUUCUUGGGGGGGGUAGCAGAAAAGUGCCUGACAGUUCUACAUCCUUACAUUAAAAUCACUAUGAUAGCUUUGUUUUGCUAGCUCUUAGUCUGGUUUGAAUCACUAAACAACUGAGCUUGUGUUGUUCCAGUAUAGCUGACUCAAAUCAUGUACCAGCAAAAAAAACCCAUAAUUUUUUUGCUGGUCUUCCUUGUUUCAAAGCAGGAAACUGAAGCUACUACCUCAUAGUGAGGCCCAAUGGUAGUAAUCAGCUGACUUGUAGCCUCUAAACACUCAGUGGCUCCCAGUAUGAAGUGGGUAAUAAUAUCAAGUGUUAGGACUUGUCAGAUGAUGGUUACCCAGAGAGUGAAACAGUAGAUAAGAACAAAUAAAUUGAACUCUGUUAUACCUUUCCCUGUCCUGGGACUUGUGGUUUUGUUGGGAUUUUUUGGUUGGGUUUGGUUUGGGUUUU